AUGGCAAAGCUGUUUUUUACAUUUCAAAUGUUCCUAUCCACGGCAUUCUUCAACUUGACCCAUCCUGUUUUCUGUGACUUUCAUCCUAUAACUGGAGAUGAUGCCAAAUUUUGUCAACGUGACCUUCAUGUAAUCUACCCCGACAUCGGAGAUGUUUCUUGUAUGUGUGUAACAAACUGCUUUGGCUGUCCCCGAUGCUCAAGAAAAGUCCAGGGCUCUCCAUGGAUUCGAUAUUCUCACGCUGAACCAGAAAAGCUGUACACCUUGAUUAUGGUGGAUCCAGAUGCUCCAAGCAGAUCCAACCCAAUACACAGAUUCUGGAGGCACUGGUUGAUAACAGAUAUUCCAGGUGAUGUUCUCCUACAAGGGAAAGUGGUAACUGGAACUGUUACAUCUCCUUACUAUCCACCAAGCCCACCAGCUCAUACUGGAUAUCACAGAUACCAGUUCAUGCUAUACGUGCAACAGCCUGGCAUUUCUCCCUCUAUCCUCCACAGUGAAAGAUCUCUAGGUCCCUGGGAUCUCUAUGCUUUUGUCCACCGCUGCAGACUGGGAGAUCCUGUUGCUACAACUCAGUUUAUGACCAGAAAUCCACAUUUGUAG